CCGGUUAAUUAGAUAUUUUACGGUUAAAUUUGGAUGAAAGCAUGGCUUCCAAAGUUGCCAGUAAAGCUGGGAAGAAAAUUGCAGGAGGAGGAGAUUUAAUGUCUCCAUUGAGAUUAUAUAUACCAGCACAGAAAGCAACCACUUCAAUACUGGGACGUACACUAGGACAAAGAGGCAUAAAUAUUGGUCUUUUCUGCAAAGAUUUCAACGAACAGACGAAAGACAUCAAAGAGAACAUCCCCAUUCCAACCAGAAUCCACGUUAACCCUGACAGAUCAUACUCAAUAGAAAUCACCUCACCCCCUGUAUCCUACUUCCUCAAAGCAGCUGCAGGAAUAGAGAAAGGAGCAUCUCACCAAGGUAAAGAAGUAGCAGGGACUGUGUUGCUGAAGCAUGUGUACGAGAUUGCACGUGUCAAGUCUCAGGACUCCGCCCUAAAGAGACUCCCAUUGGAGGGGAUCUGCAGACUCAUAAUUGGUUCCGCGAGAAGCAUGGGAAUUAAAGUUUUAAAAAAAGAGCGAACAUACAGAAACAAUUAAUGAUAUAAUUAUUCAUAAACUCUCAUUGUAAUAUAUUUGUGUGAUACAAUUUAAUUAAUUUUCGAUAGUGAAGUUAUAAUAAAUUCAA